AUGGCGCAGUGCGUGACCAACACAUUCCUCCGAGGAACACCCUUCCUUCCACUUUCAACUCCCAAAAAAAGCGUAGGGAGAGUGGUGCAGUGUGGGGUGCGGUGCAGGAAGAAGGAAAUACACCCGCAGUUCCACCAGGAGGCGAAGGUGUACUGUAACGGGGAGCUGGUGAUGACGACGGGUGGGACCCAGAAGGAGUAUGUGGUGGAUGUGUGGUCGGGGAACCACCCCUUCUACCUCGGCAACCGCUCAGCGGUUAUGGUGAGCGACGACCAGGUGGAGAAAUUCAGGAAGAAGUUCGGGGAGCUCACGCAGAUUAUGGAGAUUCCUGUCCUCAAAGGAGAGAUUGUUAUCCCCUCUAGACGCAAGGGGGUUUCCAAGGGAGGCAAAAAAAAGUGA